UCGAGCGGAAAAAGAAGCGCGCGAUUUGAAAAGCCCAAAAAGGAGGCACAAGUUUGAAUCGUUUCGCGGGCGCAAGCUUGGAUGCUUCGAAAGUGAAUGCACUUGGCAUCCCCAGCUUAAAAUCAGAUCCUGAUUCUCAAUCUGAUUCAUCGGGGCACCGUUCUUUGUUUGUGCGAAUGUGUGCCAGCUGGAAUGUGGGCGUGACCGUUCCCGCCCCCGCCCUCCGAUAAAGUAAUGUGAAGUGCUGAGGAGUGGAGUGGAGUGGAGUGCAAGAAUGCCGCCCAUUUUCCGAAAUGUGCGAAAUGUGAAAUCCCGUGAGAUACGACUCUUUCCUAAUUACACGUAAGUCCGCAUCAGCAAACAUCCUUUCGACUGGCCCACAUUUCGGAGUGCAAUAAUGCAUUAGGAUUACCCAUUUUUUGCUAUGUGGGGGCUUCGAUUUACCAGCUCUGAGCCGGAUAAAUAAGGCUCUGGCAUUCAUUCGGAGGAGACGACACAGUUUUGCGGGCAAACCGACUUUUCUGGCAACAAAAAAAAAAGAGGAAGCCAUUAAAAAUUUGCCAAAGUCAGCAGAAGUGGAGGAAGCGGAACUAAUGGAGAGUGGAAGAGGAGGACCAUGCAAUUCAUUAAUUUAUUGACUUAUAAUCAAGCCGGGCCGAAACUUAUGCCCAGAGGCAGAGCCAGAUAAAUAUCCAUUUAUCACAUAAAUAGAAUGCUAACAGCAUCCUUGGUGGUUUCCUCACUGCCUCGGACCAAACUUAUAUUUUCGCCUCUCUAGUCUGGCUGCUGCGGUUGGCCUGGCCAAAUAAAGCAAGAAAUAAGUUAAAACAUACGUUCUCUGCGGUCUGACUCGGUGAAGUAAAAACAAAAACAAAAGAAAAGUCCCGGAGAGAGACAGUCACGUCCGCGGUAGUACAACCCCUUCCUCUGCGGGAAAUGUGGUAUGCAAAUUCAGGCGAGAAGACUUCAUAAAAGCAAUGCAAAUAAUUAAAUAAGAGCGCAGGAGCAAACAGCACGCAGCGCGACCAGAAUGACAUGCUACUUGGCUGGCGAAACUCGGAUUAACUAGCUGCGAGAGGAAUAAAUACGAAUCCGGGCAAGUCCCAAACCAAUCCAAGUUCCCGCCCAGGUGCGACAUCCGACAGAUGCCCUCGCCGAGCAGGAUGUCCUGGCGGGAGACAGAGAGGGAGCGGGAGCGGGAGCGCUGCGCGGGAGGCACUGGCGUCCUGGCCGGGAGGAGCCCCGGAGCUGCCAGCAUUCUGUUGGCAUUCCUGGCAGCUGUCAGCUUUCGUGGCAUGCGAGCGCCGCUGGCAGCCUCGGCCACUCCGGUGGAGAACGCCUCGCUAAUUACCCCGCCGACGACGGGGACAACCGCAAUGGCUAUGGACACAGGAUCAACAGGACCCGCCGUCCUGAUGCUAAGUGAUGGCCAGCCGGAGGAGGCGGACACCACGGCGGGGGAUUCCUGGAGCGACAGACCCGACACCGCCACGUUGACGAAAGGAUUCUCGAUCCCCACGUACUUGCCGCCCUUCCCCGAAUUCAUCCCCGCCGACUUGCCGCACCUGCUGCGGAAUGCCACUUCCAGAGCCGCGCAUCCCCAGUACAACCACUCGUCCAUCAGUCCUGUGGCCUCCAACGAGCAGCCCCGGCUCCACGCCUACGACAGCGAGCAGAAGGCCCAGCAGCUGCGCCGCGAAAAGGAGUUGGCCAAGGAGCGGGAGCUCAUGCCCCGCCGGCAGCUCAGCCUGCCCCCGCUAAACGCCACCGUCCAAGCUGGCCAGCACGCCUAUCUGCCCUGCAAGCUCAACCAGCACUCCGGGAAACCGCUCUCCUGGGUGCGCUUGCGAGAUGAACAUAUCAUUGCGGUGGAUCACACAACCUUCAUCAACGAUGCCCGCUUUGCAUCCCUGCUCCAGUCGACGGCAUCGACAACGACUCCGCCAGGAGGUGCCCUCUCCACCUCGGCGGCCCCCUCGGCUGCCCCGGGAAACAGCUCCGCCCACGGAGGAGGGACUGGGGGUCUGGAGCGAGGCAACAGCAACAGCAGCAGCCUCAGCUGGACGCUGCAAAUCAAGUACGUGAAGCUGGAGGACGCCGGCUGGUACGAGUGCCAGCUGGCAACGGAGCCCAAAAUGAGCGCCAAGGUGCAGCUGUUUGUGAUAACACCCCGAACCGAGCUGAUCGGCGAUCGGCAGCGCUUUGUGAAGGCCGGCAGCAAGGUGGAGCUGCACUGCAUCGUACGUGGCACUCUGGAGGCCCCCAAAUACAUCUUCUGGUACCGCGGAGACCAACAGGUGACCGCCGAGAACGAGGCCAGCGGAGCCCAGAGCGGCUGGUUCACCCAGAUUGACAGGAACAUCUUCGGCAGCACCGAGCACAAUCGGAACACGAUUGGAUCACUGGUCAUUCCGCUCGUGCGCAAAAUCCACUCCGGCAACUACACGUGUGAGCCGGAAAACAGCGAGGCAGUUUCCAUGCAAUUGCAUGUCCUAAGCGGGGAAUACUCGGCUUCUGCAAUAAAGUCAACAGCUGCCGGCCUCCAUAGACUGGGUCACGGAUACAGCAGUCUCCACCAGUGGCUAAUCUUCCUCCUCGUGGCCCUGAACAAGACAUGAGUGGUCCUCAUGGAUGUCCUUUCAUGGAGAGCGCUGGAAUUAUCAUCCGAACGGUGUUUCGUCUAAGGCAUUAGUUUAAUUUAAGGUUUAAUUAGGUAAAUUGCACUCACUUAAAGAUCGCAUUGUUUGUUCCGCUGACACUUCUUGGAGUCUUAGUCCAAGUUUCCGAAUAUAGAGAUCCUUUUUAUACAAAUUCUAGACUUAAAAUUGUUUUCUUUCUUCUAGCAGUUAGACCUAGUUCUCUAAGAAUUACAGUAAGCAUCAAAUUUCGAGUAUCGAAUGUUUAUUUGUUAUCUGCGUAAAUAAAGCCUAAGGCGUCUAAUGUAAAAACUUAA